UCGUCAGCCGCUAGCGGAAGCGGCGGUGGGGCUGUUACGGCGCGGGCCCGCGGCCGGAGCGUGCGGCCUGGCCGGCCCUACGCCUCCGGUGGCGCUGGGGCGGUGAACAAUGAGCGGGGCUCUGCCGGCGGGCCGCCGUGCUGCGGGGGGGCGGUGCCCGGGGCGCUCCUUUGUGUGACCGAGCGCACCUCGCGUGGGGCUGGGCAGCGAGCACGGCCUGUCCGCGCCGGGAACGGCCGCUGUGGGGUUGGGUGACCCGCGAGAUUUGGUGUAAACAGCUUUACGGGAGGAAAAUGACUCACUGGUUUCAUCGCAACCCUUUGAAGGCUACAGCUCCUGUUCAGUUCAAUUAUUAUGGGGUAGCUACCACUCCAGCUUCAUCUAAGAUUUGCAAUGAUUUGAGGUUAUCUCGAACGCGACUGCUGGAGCUGUUUACAGACUUGAGCUGUAAUCCAGAGAUGAUGAAGAACGCAACUGACUUGUACUUUUCACUCUUGCAAGGUUUUAUCCUUUCACUGGAUGACUCUUCCCAAGAAUGCAAACUGCGAUAUAUUCAGAAUUUCAAGUGGACAGACACAUUACAGGGACAUGUUCCCUGUGCCCAGCAGGAUGCAGUAUUUGAGCUGGUUUCCAUGGGUUUUAAUGUAGCUCUGUGGUACACAAAAUAUGCAUCAAGACUCGCUGGAAAAGAAGAUAUAACAGAAGAUGAAGCAAAAGAUGUUCACAGAAGCCUGAAGAUAGCAGCUGGGAUUUUUAAGCAUUUGAAGGAAUGUCAUAUUCCAAAAUUGAUUACACCUGUAGAAAAAGGAAGAGAUUUGGAAGCUCGACUUAUAGAUUCUUACAUCAUCCAGUGCCAAGCUGAAGCUCAAGAAGUGACAAUUGCUCGGGCUAUUGAGCUGAAACACAAUCCAGGUCUAAUAGCUGCCCUUGCUUAUGAGACGGCUAACUUCUACCAAAAAGCUGAUCAAACAUUAUCCAGUUUGGAUCCAACCUACGCAGGUAAAUGGAGGAAGUACUUAAACUUGAAGUCCUGUUUCUAUAUGGCUUACGCUUACUGUUACCAUGGUCAAACUUUACUGGCCAGUGACAAGUGUGGGGAAGCAAUUAGAUCUCUCCAAGAAUCAGAAAAAUUUUUUGCUAAGGCUGAGGCAUUGUGCAAAGAAUAUGGAGAAACCAAAGGGCCUGGGACUACUGCCAAACCUUCUGGACAUCUCUUCUUUAGGAAAUUAGGAACUUUGAUUAAGAACACACUUGAAAAAUGCCAGAGAGAGAAUGGAUUCAUCUACUUUCAGAAGGUGCCUGCAGAGGCUCCCCAGCUGGAAUUGAAAGCAAACUAUGGCUUAGUAGAGCCUGUUCCUUUUGAAUUUCCUGCCUUGAAUGCACACUGGACUCCUGAAACACUUGCUGCAUUUGAUCUCACCAAGAGACCAAAGGAUGACACUGCUAAACCAAAACCAGAUGAAGAAGUAAAGCCUCUGAAGGAACCAGAUAUAAAGCCUCAAAAAGACAGUGGAUGCCAGAUUUCAUAAGUGCCAUAGGUGCUUUGAAUUCACUUUAAAACUGUAUUAAUUGGACUCUGGGGCUUUUAUUCCUUAUCUCCCUUUUUCUGGUUCUUCUUUUUUAAUUUAGAAGACUAAUAUGGUUUACUUUUAUUAGUAUGCAUCUAUCUUGCUUAAGAAUGUGACGCAUUUCUAGCAGUUUAUUUAUAUCUGACUUAUUUUUUUGUUUUAGUGGGGUAUCAUAGAAUGAAUGGGCUUAAAUGUUCCUAUUGUGCCUCUAGAGAGUUUCUUUUUGUGGGUUUCUACCCACAAGUAGCAAAGGAAAUAUCACAAUUGUAAUGCUUGAGGAUUUUCCAUUAAAAUAUAUGCUAUAUAAUGUCACAUUCUGCAAACAAGAGUUUGCAUGAGCAGCUAUAUUUAUUCAGGUUUUUCAUACAGGCUUAGCAUCUUGCCAUGUUACAAUUUACUUAAUUGCAAUGAAUGAAGAAAAUAUAGGUUUGUAUUUAACACUCCAGUGAUAUUUCACAGGACUUGGAAAACCUUAAGUUUUGCGUAAUUGGAGCACAAUGUAUAUUCUUCUGAAACUAUGAGCCUCUGUUCUUUUCUCUCUAGAUUAAGGUUCUUGUAUAAGAAUUUGUGGUGAGGCACUUUAGCUUGUCUGUCCUUAAAUUAAAAUCCUUUACUAUCACAUUGUACGUGAAAGUAAUGCAGCAAGUAAAAAGUAAAUACUUGAAAGUGAUGCAUUGCAACAUCAUACAUUCGUAACUUUUGAAUUUUUAAAGUGCUGGUAACUUUGAAAGCUGCAGAUAUUUGAAAUCACCUGACACUAGAAAAGCUCAGUUUGAAUAUAUGAAGGUGUAAUGCAUAAGGUAGUAGAAUGGUAACUAAGAUGCUGUGUUUCCAUUCAGGUCAUGUCUAAAAGAAGCUGUUAAGAUAACAGGUGAGAUUAGGUGAAUUGCUGAAAGAACAGCUGGGAAACCAAGCUCUAGAUUUCCUUUAUGCUAUGUGAAAACAGUGCUGCGUCUCAGUUUUUGCAAUAGUGCACUGAAAUCAGCUCCUUUUGAAGAGAUUUUGCUGAAAGCCAAGCUCAGUCAAGACAGAAAGUAUUUUGCAGAACUUGCUUUUUCUGUAUCUGCCUACUGUGGAAAAUGUGAUAGCAUUCUUUAGUACUGAGCACUCAACACCACCCAUGUCAACAAAAUUUGUUGUAAGAGGAAAAAAAAUACAGUGCAUGUAUUGAAGUGAGAGCCUUGCAGUCUCUAGAUACUAGUUACUGCAUUUCACUCUACCUGAGAAGGAAAUUGAGUUUGAGAAUGUUCCCGUUUCAGGAAAACAUGAUGGCAUGUGCACUUAACAUGACGUGUGCUGUAAAAAUGUUCUUUGCAUUGUACUGUCUGGGUUGGUUCUCUUUCCACUGUGGUGUAAUUCAGUUUUGUUUUUUUUUAUUUUCAACAUUCCAUUGGACUAGUGUAGCUUAGUUUGUAGAGCUGGAGCAUAGCUCCUUGAAGGCCUGUGGAACUAAAACCUUGUGAGAUUAAUAUGAGCCCCAAGACUUUUCCCAUGGUAAUGGACCAAAGUGCAGAAUUCACUGCUGUAAAAGGCAAAGAGGGUUUAAUACUGGCUAUCGUGGUGAAUCAAAUGCAGAACUUGCAUCUUCCAUUGAUAGAUUUUUCUUUCAGCCAGGUCUGUACACAAACAAAAGCAUAAAAGCAAUUGAGUUGCUUCUUUGGAAGAAGUUUCAUUUCUUUAAGGACUUAUGUGGGUAGAGGAUAAUAACCAUCAAGAAGAAUUUACGCCCAAAAUUGGUCUAUUUUCUUCUAAUGCUGCAGAAUUAGUUGGGGUAUAUUUUAUGAAGAGUUAUUCAGAUCUGUUUGUAACUGAUUGGCUGAGUUUUUAGAUGUCUUGCAUUGUUAAAAAACCAGCUUAAAUUUUGCCAAAAUAGAGUGUGGAGUUUUGUUGCCGGAACGGAUUUUUAAUCCUUCUACAAAGCUUAUUACAGCUGUAGUCAUCUGCAUUUGCUUAGCCUGCUCCCUUUAAGGAUCAAGAUGCAGUAAACUCCAUUUCAAAAUCGUGAAUUUUUUUAGUUGCUCAUUGUUCUUAACAAGUCUCUGUGUGUCAAUAUUUAUAUGUCCCAGCCCAAUCAAUUUUCUUUUUAGACAGACUGUAUUCCAUUUUUCCUUCUCCCCUCCCUCUCCCUCUGCUAUGCUCUGUGGCACAGACUUACCUUUGUCUGCUAAUGCACAUGUAGAUGCCAGGACUCAUUUCCAGUGAGGCCUUGACCAUGGGUGUAUUUCAGUGCAUGAAUAUCUUGAACAAAUCAUGACUAAAUCCUUCCCAAACAACAGCUUAGGGAAGAUUAUUUUAAGGACUUGUAAUUCUUAAUUCUUUGGACGUUUUCUUCAACCAAGUGGUUUGUUUGAAUCAAGCUCGUUGUAAAUAGUUCAGAGCAUAACCAAGUGGGUUGUGUCAGAUUAUGGCAUUACUUAAGCCUAGCCGUGAAACUUCUUAUGCCAUAGCUGUUUCGGUAAAUAUGAUGUAGUAGCUUAAAAAUAGACUAAUGGAACAAACUAAGUCACUUAACAUGUGUUGCUUUUCAAGACAAACUUUGUUUACUUGUAGUUAAAAUCCUAUGGUGAACUUCGGAUAGUUUUGCCCAAGAAUAAGGAACAGGAGACUGCUUAGUGUGCAAAGUAUAGUGCGUGGCCAGCCAGUGAGCAGUUCUCUCUUUGGUUUUGUUGGAUAGUGGCAAGAAUUACUGUAAAUAAUAUAUUGAUUGCCUGUUGAAUGUGCUCAAGAAUACAGGUGAAUUGACUGAGAGUUUCAGGAAAUUUAGAAACUUAGCAGCUGUGUUCCUUCAAUUAUGAUUUCCUUUUGUAAUUUUUAAGAGUGAGGUAUUUUGAAAGAUGACCUUUUAAUAUUCUUUUGCUGCAAAAGCCUGCUUGUGUGGCCUCUCUGGUUUAGAAGCUCUGCUGGUUAAGCCUUCAGAUGGUGUUGGUGUAAAUAGUCUUUAUAAACUUGUCUGAGAUAGGACAAAACUGCAACUGAAUAAAAUACUGAGUGCUGGGCCCUCUACUUCAUCCUUUUAAAAUGCAUUGAUUGUCUUUAAUCUUCUAUAAAUCAAACCAUUGAGCUAUUUGUAAGAUUUAUAUUUAAACACCUCUAAUACACUUCUUCCAUGUUCCACGUUUCUGGGUUGAGAGUAGUUAACCUCCACCCAGUAUGUGAGACUCCUAGAACUAAAGGACUGCAUUUGGCCCUCGGAUGCUGAUGCCCAACUCCCUUCCAUAGAGAAGUUUUGCCUGUCAGCCUAGGGAUAAUAUUUGAUCACCUGAUGAUUCAGCAUGAGUAAGUGGUGUGUCUGUAAUGAUGGUGCUGGUUCAUAGUAUAAGCAAGAAAACAGAUAUCUGUAUCUGCUUAGGAUAUAGUCACCUUUGCACUUUAGAAUUUUUGAUCUUGCAAUUUUAGUACAAUACCAUAUGAUUGUAAAUAUUCUUUCCUGUCCUUUUAAUUUGGUUGCACUGAUUUCACUACUGUGCUAUUGAUACGAUUUUUAUGAGAAACAUUACUAAAAUGUAUUUUUAAUUGUCUAUGUGUAAAAUAAACUCAUGAAGCUUAUCUCUGUCUUCAGUAUUCAGGGAACACAAGAGGAGGCAGUAAUCCCUCUAUGUUUCAUGUGAAUUCAGAGUAGCUGAAAGUUUCUCUAUAUUGGCUGAGGGCUGAUACAUUACACCUUGUCCCUGCACCUACUAUCUCACUCUAUCUAGCCUGAGGUUCCAAUAUUAAAUUAACUCCUGUUUGUGUGUAUUACUUAUCCCUUAAAAAAUAAACUGAAAACCCAUAUUUAGGGUCAUUGUGUUAUCACAGCAGUAGCAGCUGGUGUUGUCAGAUAUUCCUCGUAGUGGACAUCUGUUUCUAGAUUUAGAAUGUGCAAAACGUAGGUUUUUCCACGGUGGUUGAAUUUACUCAAGUCUUUUUCCACUGGCAAUGCUCUGAAGUUGAACAAAUGUCACCUGGCAGCUGAGGAGCCCCUGGAUCAGCUCUUGAUGUAGAAGGGCCUACCUCCUACCUCCUUUGGUGGUUGGGCCCUCGUGGAUUUCAAUCUGUAGGAAGCAAACCUGUACUGUGAUCAAACCUCAGUUGAACCUGUUCUGGUGAGACUGAACCAAGCAGCAUUAUUUUAUGAAGACAGUCACCAUGCAGUCUUCAGCUUCAUGGUUUGUAAAUUUGUAUAUAACCUCAAGUUUCAGAAUAUUUAAACAAUCUGAACAUGUUUUGUUUCUCAGAAUCACUCAGAAUAUUAAGUAUAGUAGCAAGAAGCAGCAUCUGUUUUGAAUGUCACUUUCUUCAAUUCAAUGAAUGCAAUAAUUAUAUAGAGAAUAUUUUGGCCAAAGGGGAGUAACGUGAAUUGAGUGCAUAGAGAAAUUGUAAUGAAGCACCUCAUGGUUGGUUGGAUGAUUCUGUGUGCCUGUGCAAUGUCCUAGUGCUUACCAAAUCCUGUGAGAGUGCAGGACAUUCUGUAUCCUCUGGUUAGGGGCUUUAGUGCUGUGUGAAUUGCUGGACACUUCUCUACAUUGCCAGCAGGUGGCAAAUGAAUCGGUAACAAAUGUAGUAUUUUCAGAGGAUUAGCUGGCUGUUUCAGUUCUUUGUAAACACGUGCUGGUGCCUUCAAGCCCCUGAGGGUUUAGGUGGGUUUCUAGAAGAAAAAAGUAGCCUAAGGGAAUUAUAUGCUAGCUGCUGUGUAAAGCAGAGAGCCUGCAACUGUCUUUUUUAAUGCUUGCCUCAGCAGUAGCAAUUUACACACACAUGUUUUGUGCUUUAUUAUUUCUCUCUUCUUCUUGCUCUGGUUUCUCUUUUACCUGUUCUGAGGCUAAUACCAAGUUUGCAAAUAGCCAGGACUCACCCACAGUUCAAAUACAAGCAGUCCUUGCAUCCUGUAGCUUUAGGGUUGGGUUUCCUGGUUUCCCACUGGCCCUGCUACAAGGCAGGUCUAUCUGAAAGGAGGGGAUUCUUUGCAAAAUCACUAAAUACACAGAUUCUAGUGUCACUUCUCUAUUUAUCCUGCAUAAUACUCCUCUUAUGCAUCUGUUCUUAUGUCAUGAGAAGUCCCCAGUAAAUUCCUACAGGUGAGUUUCCUUUUUAGUUCACUGAUGUCAAAUAUUUUUCCAAAAUGUGUGUGCAGGAACUUUUAUAGCCCUUGAAGCUUCAGAAGGUAACUCCACACUGAACUUCUGCCAUAAAGAGAUUUGGAACGUUACUCUUGUAAAACACAGCAGUGUUAACUUCACUAAUUUCUUGCUGUUGUACUUUUUGUAUUCUUCCAGCUUUCAUCUAGUAAACAAGUUGCAGGUAUAAACACUGAAAAAUAUACUUUUCCCUAGCUGGCUUACAGCAAGAGAAUUAAUGACACGACACAAAAGUAAGUGCACCUGUGUUUAAGAGAACAUAAUGAUGCUGUAAAUUACUCAUAAGGAUUUCCUGGUUUUGAUGUGAACCAAGAUGGAACGGUGCAACUUAGCAGUCCUUACUGAGGUUUCUCCUGUUCAACUCCCUUAGACAACCAAGAAAGAAAAAUAAAUAAAUAAAUGUAAUAUGUAAUACUCUUAAAUGAAUGGUAAGGUCUUGAGGGUGACAUCUGUGAGCUACUGUGUGUCAACCUUCCACUGCCCUGAAAUUACAUUUUCUGAGAUUCUGACCCUUCUCUAUGAUGCAGAAUUUUGUUGUUGUUUAAGAAUAGACUUGUACCCUUAGUAUCUACUGCACUAGAACUGUGCUCCCAAGAGAUAUGAUUUGUUGAGCAGGAGGAGGAUACUACUUUCCAGAAGAAUGCGGAGGACAAGUGAAGUUUUUGAUGGAGCAAAAUAUCCAGGGAUUGCUUAUUUUGCAAAUGGUGAGACUGUGAAAGAAUACAGCGUGGGAGAGCAGGAGCAGCAGCAGCCUGUUGACAUGGUGAGCCCCAUAUUGUUUCUCCAGGAACCAGCAGGGUGUGCCACAUGAAUGAAACACAGUUUCUAGACUUUACUGAGCUGAGCUAAAAUGUGAUGUUUUUACUAAAUAGAAAGGGAGAAAGUAUUUCAUAAACAUACUUAAAGCUGAUCUUGUUUUGGCCUAGUCUUGGAAGAGAUUAAAACAGCUUUACUCUCACAAGCACCUCCAGGUGGUGCACCUCUGAAACACAUCUUUCAAAAUUCAGGUUUCUGUGCAGCUGUUGCCUGUCUUCACUAUCCUAACAAAAUACACUGCUUGUGGUGUAAUGCUAUAAAUAAUAUAUUAGCUGAAUCUAACCAUAGGCAACAACCUGUGAGAGAUGGUUUUACACAAUGACAGGCUUCUUUGUGAAGUUUCAGAUCACUUCAUAUUACAAGCUAGGUGAUGCAGAACUGUGUUUAGUGCAACUUCAUGGAUGAGCUUGUCUUUAGGUUUUAAAGCUCUCUACUCUGUAGUCUGUGCUUUCCUGGGAGUCAUGUCUCUGGUUUUGGGCAGUUUAAAUUGUAACCACUUCAUUUCUUUGUAAGUUCAGGUUUGUUCUUGUUUGUUCUUGGCUUAUUUUACCAAUGGACCAACUGGAAUGCAUUUGCUGCUUAAGUGACCUCUGACCUGGAGAAAAUUUUAAAAUUUAAACAUUUUCUUCUGGUCACAUAAUAUAGUCAAUCAACAAAUACUUCAAAAUAGUCUGCUUGAUAUCAGCCUGCUGGUCUUUUACAGUAGUCUGAAAGAUGCUUUCCUUGCCUCUUGGUACUUAGCGCCUUACUUGGAAAAAGAGCAAUUAGAAAAUAGUAGGGAAAAAGCCUGGUUAUGACACAGGCAGGUAACAACAGGAUAUGGUAUGUUAGCUACACUGUUAAUUGUGUGCUGCCUUCACAUGUAGAGCAAUGUGGCAGAAAACACUUGCAGAGGAAUCCAAAUGGAGUGAUUGUAAUUAAGGAUAGGCCAUUUGGUCUGACUCGUGCCCCAGGACAGAUCAAAUAAUUCUAGACAGGCUCGUCAACUUUAUUCUCAAAGACUUCUGGUCAUUGUUACUGCCUCAGCUCACUUAGUAAUUGAUUCUGGUGGUUUGAAAUGCUUCCACCAAAAAUUCUUUAUUAACAUAGAUCAUGCCUUCUACAUUUCAAGUUUCUCUCUUAUCCUAUCAACAAAUCAUCCUCUUGUCUUUCAUGAUCUUUUCCUGUAUUUGACUGUUACCAUGCCUCCCCUUAGCUUUUCUAUCUGUAGACUAAACACCAUGCCUCUGCAUCUUUCUGCUUUGGUCUUGUUUCCUGAGAUAUUUACUCAUUCUUGCUGCCGUCCUCUGGACUUUCUCUCAUUUGUCCACAUGCUUUUCAAAUGUUGUCAUGCCCAAAACAGAACAGAAGCCUCCAGCUGGGGCUCACCAAGACGGGGUAGUGCAUAACUGCUACCUAAGCAGCUGUUUCCCAUCUUCUCUGUGUGCAGAACAAUAUUUUCAGAAUUUUUCUUAUGUUCUGGUAGGUUUUUUUUCCCCAGAAUGUUUCUUUUGUAGAUAAUGUUUUGAAGUGUAUUCCCAUUGUUCAUGCUCUUUGCAACUGUUUGCAAAAUGUAUUCAUAGAUACAUUUAUUGCAUCAACCCAUCCACUAGUGAAAGUACCAACUAUAGAUGUCCAAGCCAAAGCCUUGCUCUGUGUAUCCAUUUGUGCUGACAGUGAAUUAUUGGUAGCUAAUCCCUCUGUGCUCUUUCACUAAAAAACAACUUUUCUAAGAAAAGUCAGAGCCGUGGCUGACCCUUUUUAUUUGAAGCAACACGAUGUUACUUAAUGUUAUUUCUCUUACAUUCACUACACUUUUUCCUAUAGUGAAUUUUUGAAUGAGCGCCACAUCGCUAUACAUAGCAUUAUGGCUGCUGCUCAGAUUAGUUAUUGUUUAUUACUGUAUGAUGUAUUAUAAAUUAAAAUCAUUAUUGUUAAACAGCAAAAAGGAUCUCAAGAUGGUGAAAUAAGUUAUGUAAAAGAGGUACUUAUGGCUAUACGGAGUGUGAAUUCCAUCCUCUGUCUUUAUGCAACUUGAUAGGCUUCAAUUACAAGAUCCUGCACCACCUGCCUGACUUUAAAAUAAUUGCUUAUUUAAGGGAGCAUGGGCUUCUUUCAGUGUCUUUUAUACAUCUAUGCAGUCUUACUCUAUUUACUGUGCCACACUGAAAUGUAAUACAGAACGGGGCCUUACCAUCUCCUCUUGGGUUUAUAGGGAGUGGUGGCAUGGGAGCAUCUGAAUGCUCUGCAUUUGUACAUUUUUAUGAUACAAAGAUGAGUCAAAAUUGCCAGAAGUCAGCUAACUUAGAGUGCCCAGCUAAAAAGGUCAUGGGGCACUUAGCAUGGAACGUUGGAGAUAGUGUUAUUAUUGUGCACUUCUGUAGCAGCUACAUAUGGUCAAGGCUUCUGCCAAGGGACUGCGGGUAUUUCAAGCCAGAGCCUGGUAAGCACACAUCAGGUAGCUAUGAACUGUCAAAAUUCACAGGAAUUAUAUGGGAGCUCUAGGUUAGAGGCUGCUGUAGCACCUACCUUUCUCCGUCACCUUCAGGCUACCUCUGCUAUACAAACAUCUUUUCUUCAUUCGCAUUUUCCAGGCCCUCCAUGACCUUGGGUGGGGUUCCUAUGCACAGCAUCGUCCUUCACCCUGAUGUCCUGACCCACAUCAGAGGCAGUGCCUGCUCAGUCCCACUGAUAAUGAGGUGUGACUCAUAUAAGAAAUACAGGAUAUACAGUCUCUUCUCCAUUAUUCAACAUAAGUAAGGGAUUUAAUGAAAAGAUGCAGCAAGAAACACUCUGAAACAUGUUUCAAUUCUGCCACUCAGCUUUCUUAUAACUCUAAUGUUAUUUUUUCAAAUAGUUUAAGUACUCCAGGAAAAAAAAAAAAGAAACAAAAAAAAACAACAGUAUUUCUGAGGAUUGCCCUAUGUGCCUUCCACACAUGAAUCUUCUCAACAGCUUGUGUAUUUGAUCAUGGGCAAACAUUCCCAGGAACAGCAAAAGCUGCUCCUGUGACCCCUUCUAUCAGUUCUCAAGGCGCUGAGACACUCUAGUUCCCCCAUGGUUUAUGGCUGUUAAAACAAAUUGUUUUAAUGUGAACUGAAGAAAACCCAUUAUUUUACUCCUGUCCAUGUUUCCAAACAUUUGGAAGUCCCUUUCUUCCCCAUUUGACAUGAAAUAUCUCAGCACUAACAAAAAUAAAGUAUCUGAUAAGUUUGUGACCUUUGUUAUUGUAUUAGAAUCAGCAUGACCUACAAGGUAUAUUAAUUAGUAGGUAGUAAGUUAGGUUGGAGUUAAAUCUACUACAGUUUUAUGAGAUAGAGUUGAGCCCAGUAAUGGAUGAAACUGAGAUGAAUUUGUUCAAUUGAAACAGCGUGGAUGAUGUUUUCUGGACAGCAAGUGCAGUAAAUGGGAUUGACUACCCCAGAAAUGCUGGCCAGCUUUCUGGAAAAGAUUUAAAGACAGGGUUAUGAUGGAGGUAAGUAAGGAGGAGACUCCCAAGUACAUUUUCAAUAAUGUAAUAGGCUGCUCCCUGCGUCAUCUUGUCUGCUGAUCCUUACUGUCUGUGUGGGUGUGAACACAGCUGUACCAUUUUCUGCUAUCAGAUAAAAUGCCCUUUGCAAAAAGCCCCUGAGUAGAAGGAUGACAUUCCAGGUGUUAUUUUUCUUUUGUGCAUUUUCAGCUUGUGAACUCCUUGGAGGGAAAUGUGCUGUACUGUUUGAACUGAAUGAGCCUAAAAACAAAUAUUCAGUAGAGGAGUACAAUAGAGGAUACAGGAGAGGAUGUGCUUUAUUUAACUCUACUUCUGUGCUAUAUGCCACAAGAGAUGAUCAGGAUUGAAACAAGCUUUUAACAAUUUAUUAUCAAGUAAAUUUGGUUCUGUAAUGCUGUUUCAAUUAAAGUUAUUCGGAAGCUUCAGAAGAGCCUGAAGUGUGAUUAGUUUGCUAUUAUAUGCUCCAGUCCUGUAUGGUACAUCCUGCAGUUACUGUGUUUAAGCUGGAUUUUUGUUGUAAAUGCUCCAUGAAGCUAAACAGGUAAGAAGUUAAUACAGCCUUGAGGGGUUUGUUUCCCAGACUGAUGAAGUUGGGGUGAUGCAGGUGUGCAGUCAGGUUGUUUGUUUUAGAGUUGCUUUCUGAUAGCAUAAUCAGAAAUCAAUGUUAUUCUGGGCCCUGGGGAUGAAUACUGGCCCAAUUUUGGGGACAGGAGUCAGGAUAUUGUGUUAGUGGUACCUAAUGAGGAAAAAUCUUCAGAAAUAGAGAGGCACCUUAGAAAACACUGUCUAAGAGGAAAGGACUCUUGGGAGUGCGACUGAUAUAAAAACCAUUCCCUAAAACCAAAUUAUGGAAUGCUUUUCUUUUGCUGUCACCGACUCUCUGAAAGUCUCUGAGUGUAUAGCUCUGUUGCAACACUCCUGUUUUUAUUAUUGGUGUUGGCUCUUGGGUAACACAGCUGAAUAAUUUAAUGCAACUCCAACAGUUCUUUUACUAUUUCCCGCCAGGAAUGCAAUAACCUGCUCUGCUUUGUUAUGCUGAGAGAGGUAAUCAACUGCGGUGAUAACGGUUCAGCAUUUAGUUGAUCAAAGUCCCAAUGUUUCUUGAAGAAGCUGCUGAAGGUGGAUGAGAGUUGUGUUGGAGUCAAGUGUUUGUAGCAGUAAAAUUUUGCAAAAAAAGAAUAAAAAUACAAGAUUGUUUUAACAUAGAGGAAUAGAAGCUUACGAACUUUGUCAUUUUACAUUCACUUUCCAUCUCUGAGGACUGAAUUUUAAUUUUGGAGGUGAGUCAGGCGUGAUCUCUUGCAAUUUGAGCAUGGUGCAUCUUCCCCUGAGGCGUGAGAUGCCAGCUCACUCCUGUUUUUCUUUACGGUGAAUGUAUACUUUGAAUAAGGGAUCUUUUAAAAAUGUCAGCAUGUUUUCCUAAUUUUGCUUUCCCAAAUUUUAGGUGCGUGUUAACA